ACACUGUUGGAGCUUCAGCGACAAACAAUAGCAACCAUCCUGAGUGAAUUAGCUAGCUACUGAGAAUACUUUAUAUAGAAAUCCAAAAGGAACUAAGGUGGCAGCACUAGUUAAAAUCCUAGCAUCUGCAAAACUGAAAUAAAUCCGGAGAUCCAGCCCUAGCCGAAAUCAGGUCUGUAAUACUGAGUGAAGGGCCGUGCGAGAGGGACUUAUAAAGAGAACCCACCUUGCUUGGUUGUCGUAGUGUGUAGAGGAGAGGAGUGCUCCUCAGUAGCAGCAGCCAUGGGUCUGGUAGCUUACCUGAAGACCCAGUUUGUUCUGCAGCUCCUCCUGGGUUUUGUGUUCGUGGUGAGCGGCCUCCUCAUCAACUUCAUCCAGCUCCUCACCUGCGUCCUGUGGCCCAUCGACAAGCAGCUGUACCGCAGGAUCAACACCAGGCUCUCCUACUCCCUCUGGAGCCAGCUGGUGAUGCUGCUGGAGUGGUGGUCAGGAACACAGUGCACCCUCUACACAGAUCAGGCCACGGUGGACAAGUUCGGCAAGGAACACGUCAUCAUCAUCCUCAACCACAACUAUGAGAUUGACUUCCUGUGCGGCUGGACUAUCUGUGAGCGAUACGGAGUCCUAGGGAGUUCCAAGGUGCUGGCCAAACACGAGCUGCUGAAGGUGCCUCUGAUUGGCUGGACCUGGUAUUUCCUGGAGAUCGUGUUCUGCAAGAGGAAGUGGGAGGAGGACAGAGAGACCGUGUUCAGAGGGCUAGAAAGACUCAGAGACUACCCUGAGUUUAUGUGGUUCCUGCUGUACUGUGAAGGCACCCGCUUCACAGAGAAGAAGCACCAGAUCAGUAUGGAAGUGGCAGAGAGUAAAGGCCUGCCCAAGCUCAAAUACCACCUGCUGCCCAGAACCAAAGGCUUCACCACCGCACUCAAAUGCCUCAAGGGCACAGUGUCUGCUGUGUAUGAUGUCACACUGAACUUUAAAGACCACCAAGUCCCCACUCUGCUGGGCAUCAUCAACGGCAAGAAAUACAUGGCAGAUAUGAGAAUCAGGCGGUUCCCUGUAGAGGAGAUCCCAGAAGAUGAGAAGGAGUGUGCCAACUGGCUUCAUAAACUGUACCAGGAGAAGGAUGCUUUGCAGGAGCACUACCAUAAAGAAGGCACUUUCCCGGGUCCCACCAUCACCCCUCCUCGCCGGUUGUGGACUCUACUCAACUUCCUGUUCUGGGCGGCCCUGCUGCUCUCACCACUCAUCAACUUCGCCUGCGGGGUGGUGGUCAGCGGCUCCCCUCUCCUCAUCCUCGGCUUCAGCCUCUUCCUCAUCGUAGCCUCCUUAGCCAUCCGGCGCCUGAUCGGUGUCACUGAGGUAAAGAAGACAGGCUCCAGUUACGGCGACGAGGGGUCCAAGAAACAGAACUAGACCUCUACCUCCCCCCUGUUGGUUGCUGUACGGUCCUCCUGCGGUUCCUAUCCCUCUAUUCUGUUGUCCUGCAGGUGCAGUCAGCACGCCGGGGAGGGGGCUAAGCCAUUACACCUAGAGAUAAAACCGAUAGAUCUGGAUGGGACCAAACCAUUACACCUAGAGAUAAAACCGAUAGAUCUGGAGGGGGCUAAGCCAUUACACCUAGAGAUAAAACUGAUAGAUCUGGAGGGGGCUAAGCCAUUACACCUAGAGAUACCACAGAUAGAUCUGGAGGGGGCUAAGCCAUUACACCUAGAGAUACCACAGAUAGAUCUGGAGGGGGCUAAACCAUUACACCUAGAGAUACCACAGAUAGAUCUGGAGGGGGAUAAGCCAUUAUACCUAGAGAUACCACAGAUAGAUCUGGAGGGGGCUAAGCCAUUACACCUAGAGAUACCACAGAUAGAUCUGGAGGGGGCCAAACCAUUACACCUAGAGAUAAAACUGAUAGAUCUGGAUGGGGCCAAACCAUUACACCUAGAGAUACCACAGAUAGAUCUGGAGGGGGCUAAGCCAUUACACCUAGAGAUAAAACCGAUAGAUCUGGAUGGGGCCAAACCAUUACACCUAGAGAUAAAACCGAUAGAUCUGGAGGGGGCUAAGCCAUUACACCUAGAGAUACCACAGAUAGAUCUGGAGGGGGCUAAGCCAUUACACCUAGAGAUACCACAGAUAGAUCUGGAGGGGGCUAAACCAUUACACCUAGAGAUACCACAGAUAGAUCUGGAGGGGGAUAAGCCAUUAUACCUAGAGAUACCACAGAUAGAUCUGGAGGGGGCUAAGCCAUUACACCUAGAGAUAAAACUGAUAGAUCUGGAGGGGGCUAAGCCAUUACACUUAGAGAUACCACAGAUAGAUCUGGAGGGGGCUAAGCCAUUACACCUAGAGAUAAAACCGAUAGAUCUGGAGGGGGCUAAGCCAUUACACCUAGAGAUAAAACCGAUAGAUCUGGAGGGGGCUAAGCCAUUACACCUAGAGAUAAAACCGAUAGAUCUGGAGGGGGCUAAGCCAUUACACCUAGAGAUACCACAGAUAGAUCUGGAGGGAGCCAAACCAUUACACCUAGAGAUAAAACCGAUAGAUCUGGAUGGGGCCAAACCAUUACACCUAGAGAUAAAACCGAUAGAUCUGGAGGGGGCUAAGCCAUUACACCUAGAGAUAAAACCGAUAGAUCUGGAGGGGGCUAAGCCAUUACACCUAGAGAUACCACAGAUAGAUCUGGAGGGAGCCAAACCAUUACACCUAGAGAUAAAACCGAUAGAUCUGGAUGGGGCCAAACCAUUACACCUAGAGAUAAAACCGAUAGAUCUGGAUGGGACCAAACCAUUACACCUAGAGAUAAAACCGAUAGAUCUGGAGGGGGCCAAACCAUUACAGAUAGAUAAAACAGAUAGAUCUGUAGGGGACCAAAACAUUACACCUAGAGAUAAAACCGAGGGAUCUGGAUAAUGAGAGGAAAGAAAGAGAGAGAGAGGUAUGACCAUGGAAGGAGUGUGGAGGGAAAGGAAGAUGGUCUGGAGCCAGCUCUCUGUGGAGUAGGAGAGGGCAGAAGGAGAGGCUAUGACCAGGCUCUUUGCCCCCCUUAACAACUCCCUCGGAUGUCCCCGGCCCCGCCCACUCUUCACCUCCUGACCACUGGGGUCCUCACCACCGGACAACUAAUCAGCUCACCACACAGAAGCAAGCCCACUUCCUGUUCUGAGCUAACCACUUCCUCUUCCUGUCACAUGCUCUGGUCCUUUUUUUUUGUUUGUUUUUUUUGUUUAGGUGGUGUUACUCAUGUUCACCUCUUGUAACAACAUACAGUACAUCGCCCCCUCGUUCUACAAAAUGACUGGACUUCAAAUGGGAACCAGUUUCUUGAGGCUCAGCCUGGUUUCCACUUUGCUUUUAACCUCUAAGAAAAAGGUGCUUAUUUUUCACUGUGCUUCCUGUCUCUGCUGUGGGAGCCCGCCCCCUUUUAUAUUUGUUGUCCAGGUUCAAGAUCAAAUAUAAUGGGGCGUUUCCAUGAUUCUACAAGUCUAUGCAUUCUGGUCACUGUUGAAUAUUACCACAGCACUUAUUUUCAUCUGGGCUAUGUACAACAGCAGAGAUGGGACUUCCAGUGUUUUAAAUACUGAGGCAGGUUUCUAUGUGUUAAGACUACAGUAAGGGCUCUGUAUUCAUUAACUACACGCUAACUAACUAACUACUUACUAACAUUUUAUCUUUGACAUGAUAUUCGACUCCACUGUUCCAACGCCCUCAAGUUCUGACUAAUUAUUAUUUUAUGUAGGUUGUUACCGCAUUCUCCCAUCCUUGCUCACAAGUAGAUGUCUGCACACACAUUACCAUGCCAGUUUAUGACUAGCCAGUUCCUGAGUGAACUUCUCUUCUUCUGUUGUCUCCGCUCUGUUUUACACAGCUCAACCACCCCCGGUGUCUUUACACAGCUCAACCAUCCCCGGUGUCUUUACACAGCUCAACCACCCCCGGUGUCUUUACACAGCUCAACCACCCCCCAUGUCAGUGUGACUCUUAUAAUAACCAAUUCCAGUCAAAACAGACUAUAACCCCACCUACCCUUUUUAUAGUUGAAAAACACUUGCUACUGAUUCUCCUCUCCAGCUGUAGACUCUAGUAGUGUUUGCCUCUGCAAGGGUGACUGUUUGAUUGGUUACAAAGUUCCUGUCUCUUAGGCUAGGGUGAUUUGAUUGGUUACUAAAAUUCUAUUCCUACCUCAUCUCUUCCUCUACUAAAGUCUUGUACUCAGACACACUCCACCGAUCCUUCAUCUGUAAUGAUGCACUGUGGGUAGUUGAAUUUUCUCCAUGAUAGUACUGGCAUGUUUAUUAGGCCCUGGUGUAUGUUGACAUGGUGCAGGAGUAAAAGGAUCUUAUUGAAUUGUAAUUACAUGUACAUGUGUCAUUUAACAGAAGCUCUAACCCAGAGCAAUUUACCGUCCCUAACAGUACUGUUCUACAUCUCAGUAGCCAGCGAUAUGUUACUAAAAGCUGCUUACAGACCCUGAGCUGCACAGGAAGGAGGUUUUUGCCCCGUUGUUUAUUUUUUGCUGCUAUUCCCGGCAUGCCACAGCACCACCCCUGGGCUCAGGCACUGCUACUGCACUUGCUUUCCAACACACCUGCACUUGCUUUGAACACAUCUCACAUUUGUUUAUCUAUUUACACUCUGAUGACCCGCCCCAUCUGUGAUCUGAAAGGGUUGUAUUAGGGAGGGUGCUGACUUUCCUUUACAAACUGGGAUUGACAUGAAAGCAGAUGUCAGAUUACAGGUGACUGGUAUUUCCUGAGUGCAACACGUCGUCAUCAUCAUCCCUUGUCUGGAGAAGACACCCAUUCUGUGUUACGACGUCACCAGCUUCUCUCCGUAUGUUGAUCAUGUCCUUUGUUCUUCUUUCAUUUUAUUGUAGCGUUUAAAUGGUUUUUAACCAGGACAGAUUCAUGCAAGCCUUAACAGAGUGCAGCUUCAUUAUAUUGUGUGAACGUAGGCAGACCACGCUUCCUCUGCCCCCUUAUAGUACAUCUGGAUUGAAAAGUGGUGUAGGAGACUGAUUUAGUAAGAUUCACAUACAUCUGCCCUCUGUUAAAAAAAAAAAGAGGAACUCCUGUUUAUUUCUCAAUAUAGAAUCCUGGA